AUGAAAUUAUUGCGGUGCAUUGACCUUUGUAAUUGUAAAAGAAUGGUGAAGCUUCCUGGUGGCAUUGGAAAGUUACGGCAGCUGAGGUAUCUAAGCCUUCUUAACUCCGGUAUAAAUAAUAUACCCAGGGGUUUCAGUGGCCUAACUAAUUUAAGGGUAUUGAAGGGGUUUCCUGCCCACGUGGAGGGUGAUUGGUGUAGUUUGGAAGAAUUAGGACCUCUUAACCGGCUCACGAGUCUUGAUAUUCGUGGCCUGGAGAAUGUAUCUUAUUCCACAUUUGCUAUAAAGGUUAAGCUUGGUGAAAAGGUGCACCUCAUUUAUCUGUGCUUACAGUGCACUAGUGGACGUGGAGGUUCUCACCGAUUGAUAAAAGAGGAAGAGCAGCAACAAAUCGAGAAGGUGUUUGACGAGAUCUGCCCUCCACCUUGCUUAGAAAAUCCAAGGAUAAAAGAGUGCCCAGAGUUAAAGGUACUAGAGGGUUUGCCUGCACUUCAGAGACUCGAUCUGGAGGAUUACGACAUGAAAACACUCCCCAGAUACCUGAAGGACGCAAACCCAAGGCUUUUUGAUCUAGACUGCAACGCCUCGCUGCUCGCUUCCAUAGCAAAAGGGGAAUCUAGCUCUGAGUGGAACAAGUUCAGUCAUAUCAAGCAGGUCAAUGCACAUGCAGAUGAUAAGGAAAACAACAUUGAAAGGAAGUGGUACGUGAAGUACACGAGAGAUCCUUUGAGCUUGAAGACAAACAUCAGCCCCUCUACUAACGCUUCAUCUGGGGAUGAAACAGAGGAAGUGUUGUUGGACGAAGUGGAGGAAACUUCGAAGGAUGAAAUCCAAGAAGAACGUGUCGUCUGA